UUAUGAUGACGGAAGUGAUAAUUGGAAUAGAAUAGAAUGGUCUAAAAGAUCACCACCGAUCUAUUGUAAUUCUACAAAGAUUUUUACAUUCUUAUUUAAUCAAACUCAAGAUGCCGCUAUUUCGCACCAUUAUCGAAAGAAAAAAACCCUAAAAUAUAUACUUGGAGCUAAAUUUGAAGGCCUCGCUUCGCCUCAACUUAUAAACGAUGAUAUAUAUAAAUAUGAAUUCGAUCGUCAAAGUAGCUUGUGUUUUAAACUAGAAAUUAAAGUUGAAGAGGG